AUGAUCAGCAAGUAUUCAACCCAAACUCAGGUCAACCAAAAGUGCCGAUGUUCCCACAUCUUGGAUGUUGAAACUGAGAUGAUUGUCCGACUGCCGCACAUCUUUAAGCUACGAAAAUAUCGCAUUCCAAUUGCGAUAUCGACCAAUGAUGAGGUGGCUCUGGAUGAUAGAGUGACUUACGGGAAGACGUGUGUUUCUACUAUCCAUCAGUUUAAAGGCAGCGAACGUCAUUUAGUCAUUCUCUUCGGUAUUGACUCCUCGUUCUUCGAGAAUUUUGGCCGCGAUAUUUCGAACGACAGGUGCCCCAAUGAGAUUUUUGUGGCUCUUACACGUGCCGGAAAACAGCUUGUCUUAGUCCACGACGAAAGCAAGAAGCUUAUGCCUUUUAUGUCUAGGGAAGACCUAUACGAAACGGCUGAGGUUGUCAACAUGACAAAUAAUUUGGCAAAACUUUCAGUGCCCAACCCAACUGGCCAACCAUUACAUCUUGGUCUUGCUCUGCCAGCUUCUAUCCCGGUCCGAGAUAUGGUCCGACACAUACAGGAUGAACCUCUGCAGGGCAUUAUUACUCGUGAACUGUGCAUCCAGAAGCUUUCCCCACCGCUACCCAAGCAAGAGCACAUCAAUAUACCCAACGUCGUCCUUUCAGACCCACGCAAAAGAUUUUACGAAGCAGUAAGCGAUAUAAAUGGGCUUGUCACCGUCGCGGCCUUCGAACACAGUACUACCGGAACGCUUAAUACACUGAAAAUCGAUCAAAGUCUCAUCGAAGCAAUACCCCCCAUCGGUUCAACACAGUAUAUCUCUUGGCUUUGUCGCUACGCAUGUGAAUACGAGGCUGGCAUCUCGGGCUAUCUACCACGAAAAAAUCAGAUGGAAAAUCACGCAUUUGAUUGGAUGAUGCCUAGAGAUCUUGCCUUAGCCCGGAACAGGAUUCAAGGAGAACUGGGAGAUGGCACCGCAAAUAUUCGGUUUGAAGUUAACGCCGAGCAAACAUUCAGUGUUGAUGAUAAUGAAACCCGCCUUCAAGGUCAAGCCGAUAUUGUCGCAGUCGCUCCCCCAUCAGGAAACAGUGGUAGUAGAAGCGCUGAUUCUAUCUGGGAGAUCAAGUUUGUCUCGCACCUUUCUAACAGCCAUGUCUUACAAGCAUGCACGUAUGCCUAUUUAUUGGGGUUAACACGUAUCAUGCUCUAUAACGUGCGAGAUGGGGAGAAAUGGGAAAUCAUACCGCAUGAUGGACAAGAAGGGCUACGGCGUAUGAUCGAAAGCGUUCUCAGAGUCAAGUAUACGACUACGGGACAAAUGAAUGAUAAGGAGUUCAUUGAUAUGUGCGCAAAGGUCAUGCUGGAAGUCUCAAGCCUAGAUGAUUCACGGAAGCAAAUAUCUCUCGCAGGUUGCAACGCUUAA